GUUCUGUAUGCAUAAAAAAACGGUGAAUGACUAGAUAGCCUAUCUAAAUAAACUAAUGAUGUCGCUUUCUGUUUUACUCAAGAUCUUGUGAGAAGAUAAUAGUAAAAGAAAUCGUUGCCAUAAUCUUGCUAAGAUCUUAGGUACAGAUUUAUCAGAUAGGACAAGAUCUGAACAAGCGAAUUAUCUUUUAAAGAUCUUGAUAAGAUCUUACCUACCAAUCCCAAGAUUUCAAGAUGUUACUUACAAGAUGUUUCACUAGGGUAUACCCAAGAGAAGAACCUGUCAGAUUCCGUACCAAUGUACUGAACUUAAAAAUGGUUUCGUGACAAAAUACUAAACCUUUACAGUUUCGUAUAAAUCCUGUAGAAAAUCGUUAGAGUUUAGUACGAAACCCUGGGGAUUCAAUACAACAUUGUAAAGGUUUUGUGUUUUGUUACGAAACCCUUUUUAAGUUCGGUAGUACAAAAAACGUUUGCCAGGAGAAGGUUCAGAGAGUGUGUCGAGUUAAAGAACCAUUCAAAGUUCUGUAAAAUUGAAGAGUUGUUAUUUCGUCAUUACGAGUCAUUUGGAUGCUAACAGAAAUCUACCAAAUAUGUUUUUGGGGUUUCGAAAAAUAUCUUUUCUUUUAGUGUAUAUAUAUAUAUAUAUAUACUCUAACUGUAACCCUUCUAUUCAGCCAGGAAUCCGAUACGAUCUGUCCUAAUCUCCUUAGGGCCUUAUUAAUAGAUCUCAACUCAGGUCGAAGAAAGCAAUCCGUAAACGGCCUUAUACGUCGUAAUAACGGUGUAAAACUUUAAAAAACGACGACGUAAUCUGUCAUACCUGAUUAAAAUGUUAGAACCGGCGGAUAGCGAUGACCUUCUUCUAAUUAAAAAACGAAUUUCAAAAAGAACUGACAGAUUCAGACGAAAUUGGGUGAAAAAUGAUAGAAAGAAGCAUACCAUGAUUCGGAUUUCGUCCAUUCUGAAGGGACUCAUUGAAUUGCCUAAGGCAUCUUAAUUGGAUUAGAGUCAAAAAUAAAAAAGGAACUGUUUUUAAAAGUAAAUUAUUCAUUUUAUUUACUUUAGACACCUAGUGAUGAGCCACUACCAGGUUAUUUAUCAUUGCAUCUCAGUUAUCGUGGUUUAACAUUAAAAUGGAUGCCAAACCAACUUAUGAAUGGUUAUACUGAAAUUGGUGGUGAUAGUAUUUUACUUGUUGAUCACGAUGAUGUACAAUAUCCUCCAUUUCAUAUAAAAGAUAAAGGUGGGCAUUUAUUAGCAUUUCUUACUUGUUUAAAAAGUUGUCUUGCACCAAAUGGUCUACUUGAUCCACCGUUAUGGGAUAAUCGUCGAGCUCAUGUACGUUGGACUCACAAAAGGGAUGUUGCAAAAGAACCUAGUUUAUCGUCUCCAGUGGAAAUGAAAGUUGCUGCUGUACAAACUCCACCUUCACUUGCAACUGAUCAGCUAUCAAAUCGUCUAGCAACAUUUCGAAGAUCCUUAAUUCAACCAUUUAUUAGCAUUGACUGCAGUAUGGAUAGUGAAACGGAGUCAUUAUCCGAGUAA